AUGUCCAGCUCGGUGGCUUGUCUGCGUCGCAUUAGUCGGUUACUGAAAGGCGCUUCUCUUGGGAUGCGUCGGGCCAUUUCACGGCCAAUGCCAGAACCUGCAGACAACAUUGAUCAAACACCGCGGCUGGAUUUUCAAGCAGAUUCUACCGAUUUUCCCUCUGAUUGGUGGGUUGAUCCUGCACAGAUAGAGUUCAGUCUCUCUGACGAAUUGCUCAAGGGCAUGGAAUCAAUUGUCGUCUGUCGACAGUGCACUUGCGCAACUCUUUCACGUAUUUCGCCUGAAGAUCCGAGACAACACAGAAAAGGUCAAAUUCUCAAACGAAUUGAAGAAGUUGAGACUCGUGCGCUGGUGUUUCUCACAUUGCCACCCCCGAACACUGGGGGGUGGGAAGAUAUAGAAAUGAUCGAUUGGAUCAACACCAUCUUCAAGCGUUUCUUGGAGGAUGCUGAGGCGUGUUUGACAGAUGCCAACGCCCUUCUUAGGGGAGGGAUCGUACAAAAGGAGUCAGAGUCUGCUCAUUCUGUUCCUUCAUUCCUCCUCAAACCUGAUCUGCCAAAAGAUCUUCUGGUCCCGGGAUUCUCUCAAAGUGAUGCUCUGGCGAUCAACAAAACGAUAGCUAACUCUGUAUUCCAUUUGCUCUCAGACCCCGAUCUUCGAGUGACAACAUCACUGGUUAAACUUAUCAUAGGGUCCGCCUGCAGUCAGGUCAGUUUCGUUGCUGAGAUGCUGAAACCCCAACACUAUUCAAUAAUCUUAAAACCGACACUUUCAAUGCUGAUUACAGGGAGUGAUCCAGAGCACUGUCUCAACCGGCUGAACUAUCUCUUGGCCUUAUUCGGGGGUGCGCCGGUGCGUCCGCCGGGCGCUGCAACCGAGAUUUUCCGCCUCCCUGAAGGUAUGGGCACGGAAUUCGCAUGGCACUGCCUUCUGAACUCUGCGUUGGCUCAGGCGGAGCGCCAAUUCGCAUUCUCACUACAAAGUGUUCUCCCCUUUGCCGCCGUUUUGGCCACGCUCCUUGGGCGGUAUCCGAAGUAUACGCCCAAAUUCCUUGCGCGGAUGGCAUCAGCGUGUCCCAUGCUCACAUUGUACGUUGAUGACCCAGCCAUCAUUUUCGCCUCACUCGAUACGGAGUUGAAUGAUGGUGUGCUGCAGAGUUGGCGCGGGACUUCCCGUCUCUUUGCCGCCGUCCUCCUGGCUCGCCCACCUCCUGGCUUUACUCAGCGUCCAGAGCAUCUAAAUCCCAAACUCCUCUGGAUCACUAUAGCAGGCAUCGGCAGGCAUGUGGACAAACUCGAUGUCACCUCUGAGGUCCUUCAUGGCCUAAUUGAAGUUGGAGGCUACGUAUUGCUUCAGCUUUAUCGAUGUCAGGCCCGAAGAUUAUUCAAGAGCCUGACUGAUGCCAUCGGCAGUUCUCAGUCGGUGUCGCAGCUGGCACUGUUGACGUGUCUGGAACAGCUUCUCGACCCUGCUACAGCAUCCGAAAAUGGGCAUGGAGUUCUUCUGGACGACUUUUGGAGCUAA